GCAGCGCUUUGGAGAUCCCGAGGAUCUGUAUCUUGCUUCAACAGUGUUUGGACGGAACAGACCCGGGGACUCCCACUUUAUUCACUUCCAGCCGCCUUACAAGUCUCUCCAGUCGCAGCCUCCGGGACCAUCUCCUUGCUGUCUUCGGCUCCUAGGACCAGCCAGCCCCGUCUUCGCGGUUAGCUCCAUACUCCGGAUCAGCCAUGACCUCUCAGAUUCGUCAGAAUUAUUCCACCGAAGUGGAAGCUGCCGUGAACCGCCUGGUCAACUUGCACCUGCGGGCCUACCUCUCUCUGGGCUUCUUUUUUGAUCGGGAUGACGUGGCUUUGGAGGGCGUAGGCCACUUCUUCUGCGAAUUGGCCAAGGAGAAGAACCUGAACCAGGCCCUCUUGAAUCUGCACGCCCUGGGCUCUGCCCGCAUAGACCCUCACCUCUGUGACUUCUUGGAAAGCCACUUCCUGGAUAAGGAGGUGAAGCUCAUCAAGAAGAUGGGCAACCACCUGACCAACCUCCGUAGGGUGGCAGGGCCACAACCAGCGCAGACUGGCGUGGCCCAGGCAUCUCUGGGCGAGUAUCUCUCUGAGUGCCUCACUCUGAAGCACGACUAGGCCUUUGUGCCUUCCAAGGGGCUCCCUCCUCUGCUUUGCACCGGCCGCCUCAGCACCUCCACCCGAAUGAACCUCUAAAGCCACUAGGCAGCUUUGUAACCGCCCUGGAGCCUCUUCCAGGUCUCAGACCAAGUAA